GCGUGUAUAUGUGUGUGUAUGUGUAUGUGUACGUGUGUGUGUAUAUGUGUGUGUAUAUGUAUGUGUAUGUGUAUGUGUGUGUGUAUAUGUGUGUGUAUAUGUAUGUGUAUGUAUGUGUGUGUGUGUGUGGGCAGGACUGAACAGGUAAAACCCUGUCUAAGAGAGACUGUCUGUAUGCUUUCUUUCGCGCGCGCACCUACACCUACACACACACACACACACACCUGCAUGAAUGAACAGAUUGUUCUUUAUUUGUUAUCAAACGCAGCAGAUGGCGCUGGUUGUUCACUCUUUAUAACGGGGUGUUUCAACACUACCCACAAAAAAGUCCAUAAUUGAAAAAUCAUUUUCUGACAGUAAACUAUCGUUUGAGACUUCUGUAGAAUAUAUGUUUAAUAUUUUCCAUAAUAAAGGGAUUUCUCGCAACAUAUAACGAAUCUAUUAUUUGUUUAUUUUAUUAUAAACUGUGAAAUCUCGUUCAGUUUUGCACGAAUACCAGUGUGAUCAACUAUAUCCACCAGGUGGCGUUUCCGUAACAGAUAUGAGACAACCUCUUAAAUCUGUAACGUUUUCGGUUAAAAAUACGUGAAAUGUUGACAACUGUAUCUUUGCCUCAACCCGAUUAAGACUUAAUCUAAACAUUUCCUAAAUAUCUUCUUUUGUGCUCCACAGAAUAAAGAGUCAAAUAUAGAUUUGAAAUGACAUGGGGUCGAACAGAAAACAGGAUGUUUUUGGAGUGAAUUAUCCCUUUCAUUUAGAGUAAGAAAGAAAUAUAUUGCAGGAGUCAAAUAUAAAAUGCGUGCGCGUGACAGUGAACAGCUCACUGGCAACGCUAGAGAGUUUUCCGAGAGGUUGCUAUGCUGUUGCUAUGGUGAUUUGAUUGGGUAACUUUAAUGAAAAUUCUUUGAAUGUGAAUCUGUGGGAUUUUUGAGCUUUUAAAGUCUGUACGCUUUUAAAAACAUCACCACACCACACCUGACCGCUCCCCGACGCGCCGCGCUAUUCGAGACACGUGUUAGGGAUGAAUCGCGCCUAAAAGUUUAAGGUUAAUGAAAUAUGUGAAACAUUUAGAAAUGCGGGUUUAUUUGACUCACUUACAGCACGAGCGAAAGCGAAGAAACGCCAAUGAACAUCGCGCACUUGAGAAUCACGAGGGACGCCGCGCCGCGAUUCGUCCGCGGCGUUUUCACACAGCGCGCGCGCGCGACCUCGCUGUUUCCUCACAGCUGUGUAGACAAGCGGAGCGCGAGCACCGAAGAGCCGCAGAGUCCGCCAGUAUGUCUCGAGCCAUUCUCGGCGCGUCAACGCACGCGAGCCGAGUCCGUUCGCGACUCCCGCGCGUCGUUUUCUAGAGCACAAGAUGGACGAGUCGUCGCUGCUGGAUCUGCUGGAGUGUUCCGUAUGUCUUGAGCGGCUGGACGCGAGCGCGCGCGUGCUACCCUGUCAGCACACCUUCUGCCGCCGCUGCCUCGAGAACAUCGUCAGUUCCCGCCACGAGCUGCGCUGUCCCGAGUGCCGCAUCCUGGUGGACUGCGCGGUCGAUGAUUUACCGGCCAACAUCCUUCUGGUCCGGUUACUGGAUGGGAUCAAGCAGCGCCCGCGGAACGGCGGAGGGAGACCGUCGCUGGCGGGAUGCGCGGCCGGGGUCUCAGCUUCGCCCCCGGGGACGGCUGUGAGGGACCUGCCCGUCGCCACGCGCAGCUCUCCGGUUAAGAAUGUUCCUCAGUUACCAUGUGGCAAAGCACUUUACAGCUACGAGGGAAAAGAGCCGGGUGACCUGAAGUUCAACAAGGGUGACAUCAUCAUUCUGAGACGCAAGGUGGAUGAGAACUGGUAUCACGGCGAGCUGAAUGGAAGUCAUGGUUUUCUGCCGGCCAGUUACAUUCAGUGCAUCAGACCGCUGUCUCAGACGCCCCCGCAGGGAAAAGCUCUCUAUGACUUUGAGGUUAAAGAUAAAGAUCAAGACAAAGACUGCUUGACCUUCACUAAGGAUGAAAUCCUGACUGUUAUAAGAAGGGUGGAUGAUAACUGGGCAGAAGGCAUGCUGGGAGAUAAGAUUGGGAUUUUCCCCAUCCUGUACGUUGAAUUGAAUGAGACGGCUAAGCAGCUGAUGGAGAUGGAUAAGCCCACCCUGACGCCGGGUCCCAGCACUGCUCCGUGUUCUCCCGCAGCGGCUCCGUGUUCUGGACCCAGUGCUGCUGUGAGCUGUAACGGUAACGCAGGUGUUCACAGACGCAUGGAGGGCAAGAAAAAUGCAAAGAAACGUCACUCGUUCACGGCUCUCAGCAUGACGCAGCGCACGGCGCAGGUGAUGGGAAACACCAGACACUCCAUGGAGAUCAGCGCUCCCGUCCUCAUCAGCUCCUCUGAUCCCCGAGCAGCCGCCCGGAUCCCAGACUGCCCACAUCUCUCCUCCAGCGCUCCGACAACACAACAGGAUUGUUCAGUGAUUUCAGCUCCAGGAGUCUCUUCACGUGUCACCUCAACAUCAGGAGAUCUGCUCGCUGCCACUAAAGUCCAGCUUCCUCUAAACAUUUAUCUGGCCCUGUACGCUUAUAAACCUCAGAAAGCAGAUGAGCUGGAGCUGAGGAAAGGAGAGAUGUACCGCGUGAUGGAGAAAUGUCAGGACGGGUGGUUUAAAGGAACGGCCAUGCGCUCGGGAGCUUCUGGAGUUUUCCCCGGAAACUACGUAACACCUGUUUCAAGGGCUCCAUUUGCAGUGGGUCAGACUCGAGCGUGUGUUUCAGACAGAAUGUCGUCAGCUCCUGGAUCACCGUGUUCUACAGGCCCCUCGAGUCCCGUUCUGCUGCCGUCUGCGUCACGAUCCAGCACACCUCUCAACAGCCCGUCAUCACCGCAGCUGCAGCACGCAGCCUUGCAUCUGAAGAACUGUCUGCGCAGUCAACCAGCUGUCAAUCAAACUCGCUCGCCCAAGCAGUUAGUUCACAGUCCGGCGGUGAGCGUCAGUCCAGAGCGAGUCCCGUCAGGUGUCAGUCCUCUCAGAGCUCAGGCCAGUCCCUCACGCUCCCCCUGCUCCAGUCGACCUCUCUCGAUGGUGGCGUCUCCUCAGUCUCACUCUUCCCAUCAGUCCUCUCCUCUCUCUCCAGCGUCUGGACGACCUCUCGUAUCUCUGACCUCUGCCGCCGCGGCUAUCACGCCUCCCAACAUGAGUGCAGCGCAUCUGAACGGAGGGGACGCACCCGUCUGUCUGCUGUCGUCCCCCGCACACGCACACACCGCCGUCACAGGAUUCCACAAACUCGAGGAGAAGAAGAAAGAAAAGAAGAGCAGUGGUUUGCUCAAACUGCUGUCUGGAGCUGCAGCAAAGAAGAAAUCUCGCUCACCUCCGUCUGUGUCUCCGACACAUGAUCCGCGCGUCCCGUCCAUCAACCCCUCAUCGUCCUCUGUGCAGGGGGCCAUGGCUCCGGAGCUGAGGUCAGCAGGAGGUCACGGUCGGGCCGGGUCCUGUCCCAUCGAGAGCGAGAUGCAGGGCGCUAUGGGCAUGGUGCCUCUGCACAGAAAGUCCGGCUCACUGGAUCUGAACUUCUCUGUGUCUCCACCGGCACGCCAGCCGUGCUCGUCCUCCCCGCUCGCCAUCAGACCUGAACCCAAACCCUUAUCCAGAGAGAGGUAUCGUGUGGUGGUCCCGUAUCCCCCGCAGAGUGAAGCUGAGAUAGAACUGAAGGAGGGCGACGUUGUCUUCGUGCACAAGAAAAGAGAAGACGGCUGGUACAAGGGAACGCUGCAGCGGACGGGUCGAACGGGUCUGUUUCCCGGGAGCUUCGUGGAGAUCUUCUAAUGAAACUCAUCAGCCUGCAGCGUCACGUGAAUGAUGUCAUGAUGAUGUCACAGUGUCCAGAGACAUCAGACAGGCAGGACAAGCAUCUUUACUGCCAUUUCCUCUCACGGAGCCAUCCUACAUGCACACGACACUUUCCAUGCAUACGGUUUACUCUGCUGUUUCUUUAUCAAGCACAAAUAUGAAGAACUGUGACGGCACACAGUAAACACCUUUAAAACACAUCAAACAGACAAUAAACUCAUUCCAGUUUGAUACGAUUAACUGUUGAACCAAAGUAAGACAAAAGUUUGAACAAUGAACAGAUGUAUUUUUUCAGUUAUCCACAUGAAGAAAACGGUAGUAUACUUGACUAUUUACUAUAGUAACUGUACUGCAGUACGGUACUCAAUCUAUAGAGAACUAUAUACUGCGGUAUACGUUAACAUUUACUAUAGUAUCUAGAAAGUGUGUUACGAAUGUGAAGUAUACUACAGUAUUUAUUCUUGUGUGUGCAUUAGGUUUUAAACUUCAAACCAGCAUUUGCUCUCAAAGUAUUUUAUGAGCUUCAUCUACAGCCCUGUUACAUAUGACACCAAUAACUUGACGUUUGUUGAUGUGAAUUAAUGGUUUUAAAGUGAUUUUGGUAACAUUGGUUAAGGUUUUCUUGUUAACUCUGCUAAAGAACACAAAGAUUUCUGAUGCUGUUUUAUCCCUAUUCAUGGAAAGUGCAACAUUGUUGUGUUUUGACUGAAUUCUGCCUCACACACACACACACACACACACACACACACACUUGUAUUGAGGCUCAGUGAUGUCUUUGAUGUGGAGGAACAGAAGUGUUUGUGUUUAGCGCCCUCUGCUGUGCUUAGAUCAAACUGUGAAAAGUGAAAGAUCAGCAGAUGAAAUGAUUCUUACAGCCUCUUCCUCUCACGUCAUUCGUGUUCGCAAAACUCGAUCUGGUGUUUAAUGAAGAGCAGAUCUGAAUGAUAAUGGCACAAUACAGAUGUGAUAUUGAGUGAAUGUAAUGAAUGAAUCGCAUGAACACGUCCAGCUCAGAAACUCAAUUCAAUUUUAUUCAUAUAGAGCUUUUCACGAUGUGCAUUGUUCCAAAGUUGCUUUACAGGAGAAAAAAUAAGAAAAACAGAAAAAAGGUCAAACACAGCACAGUGCAUGGUGUAAAGUGUAUCACUGUAAAUCUGACUUCUAUUCUGCAUUAGGAAAAGUAAGCUUGAAUUCAGGACCAUUCAUUUUCUCUUGUAUCCGUUGAUAAAGUAAGAUUUGUAUCAUUUCUGCAGAUGAAAGCAACACAAUGUUGGUGUGGAUUGAGUGGUGGGGGGUGAGUUACCUGUCCUGGAUGUGUUUUCAUUAGAUUCUUUCAGUUCUUUAUGACAGUAAAUGUUUACAGAGUUGCGAAACUAAAAUGUGAAGCACAAUGUCUCUAAUUCAUUUUCAAUGAUGGUUGUUUCUUUAAAACUGUGUGUGCAUGCAUCAGAGUUUACAGCAUCAGACGUCUUUACAAAUCCAGUUUGACAGGAGAAUUUAAGGCCUUGAGAUGAGUUCUGAGACGUGAGGUGACGCAUUUUUAAGUCCAGCGGGAGAUCUUGAAGCACAAACUCAGUGAAGCACAUGCAGAAGUCAGAAGAGAAGAUGUUCAUGAACACUGACAUUGACAAAACCAGAAGUCAGAAAUAAUUUCUGCUUCAUUCUGGGACAGAUGGACGUCUUUUCACAGCAUAAAACACUUUUAAAAACAGGUGUAAAGUUUAUUUUAUUGGACGAGAGCAUGUGUUUGUAGAAAGCGCCCUGUGUGAUGGUUGGAUGUGAAGACACACGUCUGUUCAGUGUUGAUCUGAUGAUGGAGCGCAUCAUUCAGUGUUGACGUCCAUGAUCUGACUUUCUCUCUGUUGCUUUCGAUGGAUUCCUGCAGUGUUUCUCAUGCUUCUGUAUGUCGUGAUCAUUUCCACACGGCUGUUUUGUAUUCGCACAUGUUGGAGAUGAUGAGUGAUGGAGACGUCAGUCACAGGUGCUGCUUUUACUCUUGAACAUGUGUUACCAGCAUCCACUGAGAAACAUUCACAGAAAUCUCAAUCUGUCUCGUUAUUCUCACCCUCAUGUGCAUUUGAGCCUGUAUUAUGUCCUGAAAUGCAAAUAUCAUAAAUGGUGUGAAAUAUUCUUAAAACAGAAUCAGUUAUUUGCUGAAGAUUUGCUGAAGAACAGAACACUGGAGAGUAAAUGAGAUCAAAACAAUGUGAGUAUUUCAGAUGUUUAAAGAUUAUCCAGUUUAUAUUUUCUCUUUGUGUUUGCCAGAAAAAGAGCAGCGUAGCAUACAGGUUUGAAGGACGUGAGGGUGAGUAAAUGAUGACAGAAUUGUAAUUUUUGUCUGAAUUAUUUCUUGACAGCAUGUAAUCUCAUGUCUGAUAAUCUGUGGAUUUUGGAAUAAAAGAGUUUAUAUUAA